AUGUAUCCGCUGAGCUGUGCCAACGGGUACAAGUACCCGGGCACGGAGGCGCCGUACGUGCUCGACAUCAUCUCGGUAGGCGGGGGGCUUGCAGCGACGGCGUCGGACCAGAGCCUCUGCCUCUUCGACCCGCUGAGGCUGGACCAGGGCCCGCUCAAGGCCAUCCAGACGGACCACGGCGCCCUCAGCAGCGCAAAGGCCUACAGCGCGGCCGAGUCGGUCGUGUGUACCACGGGCGAGAACGGUACUGUCUCGCUCUGGGACCUACGGCUGCGCCCCACCGAUGCCCGCGCCCUGCACAUAGCCGGCGGCGGACCAAGCUUCUUCUCGCUCGCGUGCUCGAGCCAGGCCAACGCCCUGGCUGUCGGAACGGAGCUGGCGAACCAUCAGGCAUCCAUUAUCAUCUGGGAUCUCCGGUCGCCUUCCGCGCCGAGGAUACAGUACAAUGAAGUCCACAGUGACGACGUGACUGAGCUAAACUUUCACCCGUCGGCUCCGCACCUGCUGCUCUCGGGCUCGACCGACGGGCUAGUCAGCGUGUGCGACACACGCAUAGCGGACGAGGACGAGGUCUUAGUGCAGACGUUCAACCACGGAUCGGUGCACCGGGCGGGCUUCCUCAACGACACCGAGUUGUACGCCGUGUCGCACGACGAGAAGUUUGCCCUGUACGACAUGGCCGAGGGCGUGGCCAACGGAUCGGCCACGGUAGACUUUGGCGACGUGCGCCAGGUCGUCGGCUGCCAGUACGUGGCCGGCGUGUUCCCCAAGCUCAACGGCGCCGGAGCCGUCAUAGGGGUCGGGUCGCAAGACCAAGAAAUGUUCCAGAUGAUCCACCUAGCAAGGCAAGGAGCUGCAUGGGGCCUGGACAGAGACAGUGUUGUCGCCUUGCCCGGCGCGCAUGGGUCAGAAUUGAUCCGCAGCUUCUAUUUCAUAGACGAGGAGCAGCUCGUGCUCACGGCAGGAGAAGACAGUUGCAUCAAGGCCUGGAGGCCCGGGAACUGA